AUGAAACCAUCCGUAAUCGAAAGGUUAAACUCACUGCGCAACUUUGUGGGAAACACUUAUUCAGAGUCCGAUUUAUCAUCCUGCCUGAGACAGGCGGGCUAUGACGUAAAUCUUGCUGCCAACCUUCUCCUGACGGGGGACUUUAAGCCAAGCCCUACGAAUGCAGCCUCGUCCAUAUUUUCAUUGGGAAAGAAACGAACAUCUCCUUCCAGUGAUACUUCGCCCAAACCCAGCUCUUCCAAUCAUGAUCAACAAACUCCUUCCAAUCGUCAUUCGAAAAAAGCCAAAUCCAAUGCUGCUACCAUGAGUUACACCACACCCAAAUCACGCCAGUCGGCCGCCGUCACCCCCACGACCCCUGCUACUGCUGCUGCUGCCAAAGAUGAUGACCGUUGGCUACUUUGUCAACGAUGGCUCAGUGACGGCGUCUGUACCCAACGCAACGGAUCCGUGGCCUAUCAAGAAUCCCUCCAAAUCGAAGCAUCGUCCACCAUGAUUCGAUUUCGGGGCAGGAAUGUGCAAGGUCAAUUCCCCAAGCGCGUCAGUGCCUUUUUGGCACCCCUGAUGGACCAUAUCGAAGUGACGGCCUCGGCGUUGAUGGAAGAACGUUUUCUCCGAAUUGGUUCCCAAAUUCCCUUUUCCCUCAGUGUGUGGCUUCCGUGCGACCCGUCGUUGUUUUUUGAAUUGUUUGAUACUACAAAACAAGGCGCGGCAUCAUCCUUGUCGUCAUCAUCAUAUACCAAAACUAAUGGGAUCUUGAGCAAGUCGGUCAAAAGCUCAAAUGCCACCCCCAAAGCCAAGGCAGCCUUUGCCUUGCUUCAGUGGGCUCAAUUGGGAGAUGCCCUGGAAGAGUUUGAUCCCAAUGCCAGUACUUUGAGCGAUGACGAACAAGCAAGUGAUGACGAUAAUGAGGAAGGGCUAUUGCUACUCGAAGAAGAAAUAGAAGAAGAGGAACAGCAGGCCGACGAGUCGGAGGAAACCAAAAUUGCCCUCGAUUUGUCAUCCAACAAUAACAAUACUAGUCAUUGCCCCGAAAUGGACGAACCGGAUCAUUUUGGUUGUCAAUUGCGGCCCUACCAAAAAGAAUCCCUUUGGUGGAUGAUCCAGCGGGAAGCGGAGGAAGAAAAUGCCGACUUUUUGCGCCAACAAUUGCAAGUUCUGAAUGAUUUGGCCAAUACUACUACUACUACUACUACUACUACUACUACAACUACUACAACUUCUCACGAGUCAUCCUCAAAUGGGGUGCAAGUGGUCACGCCAGGAAUUAGUUGCGAUUGUGGACCAGUGGCCAUAAUGGCGACUGAUGGACAACAUGAGAAUGACGAGGAGGAUGGGAUCGAGGCACCACCCGUUCAGGACAAUGGAACCCCCGCCGAUUUGGAUCAUCCACUCUGGGAACGACGGUAUCUGUGUUCAAGCGAUCGGACCAGAGCCUUGUCCUUUUACGUCCAACCCUUUUUUGGUGUGGCCUCGGCGUCACCACCCUUGCCACCCAAGCCAUGUCGGGGUGGACUAUUGUGCGAUUCCAUGGGAUUGGGCAAAACCAUUCAAAUACUGGCAUUGAUUCAAACGUCCAAACAAAUAGAUGAGCAGGCUGGUAAUGAUGGUCCUAAAACGACGUUGAUUGUAACGCCAUUGUCAUUGUUGGCGCAAUGGGAAGAAGAAAUCAGGACCAAGACCAAUCUGACAUCCUCUGUGUAUUAUGGAGACAGCAAGGACGGAGUAUCCUUUGCCAUGGUAGAUGUCGUAUUGACGACCUAUGGGACGCUUCAGGGGGAAAUGCGUGCCUCGUUUAUUGCUCGCAAACCAAACAGCAAGACGAAAACAAGCCAACGGAAUAUCUCUGGUGGUGGUGGCGGAGUGCUGCUUUCUCAGGCUUGGAAACGAAUCGUUUUGGACGAAGCCCAUUGCAUCAAGAAUACAUCGACCGUUGCGUCCCGGGCAUGCUGUCUGUUGCAGGCGGAACGACGGUGGUGUGUCUCCGGGACGAUUAUUCAAAAUUCCUUGGAGGAUGCCUACGCUCAGCUCAAAUUUUUGCGCCACGAACCUUGGCACAAUCAUGGUUUUUGGAACACGGCCAUUACCCGCGAGACAGAUUCCAAUGUGGCAUUGGGGCGGGUCCAAAAGGUACUGGCGCCCAUUAUGAUUCGACGGACCAAAGAUUCUUUGGACAGGCAUGGCAAACCCAUCUUGUCAUUACCACCAGUGGAGACCAAGACUAUUACUGUGGAGUUUUCCGAGGCUGAACGACAAUUUUACGAUGCUCUUUUCACGAAAUCUCUCUCCUUGUUUGAAGGAUUCAUCCAGACUGGAAGCGUUUCCAAGUCAUGGCUGGCCAUCUUUUCCUUGAUCAAUCGACUUCGGCAGACCUGUGAUCAUGUGGCGUUGACACUGAAGAAACACAUGGGGAAGGAUGAGUGGGCAUCUCGCAUCACGGCAUCCCAACGGAUCAAAGGAGAAGAAGAAACGGAGCAACUAGAAGAGGAGAAUGGCAAAGAUAUUGACUCGCGCUUCCUGAACAAUAUCAUGGACCAGUUCAAGGCCAUGCAAAAGGAUGGAAGAUCUUCAUCGCAGCAAUCCUCCUUUGCACAAAAGGUUGCGGAACGGCUGAAUGACGCGACUCAAGGCAAGGGCGAGUUGGAAGAAUGCCCGCUUUCGCUGGAUCCCAUUGAUGUCGAAUCAGCAGUGGUGACUCCCUGUUUCCAUGUUUUCAGCCGAGAUGGACUGAUGGAUGUUAUCAACACUCAGAAAGCAAAGGCAAAGUCUGUUGAUUUUCCUUGUCCCGUAUGCAAUGCACAAGUCUCAGCCCCAAAAGUACUGUCGAUUUCCAAGCAAGAUGGUGAGGUUCAAAUAUCCUACUUGCAUGAUCCCAAGCCAGUCGUCGCUCCCAAAACUGAGGAAGACCCUUCCGGUGCUCGUCAAGUAUUGGAAACGGCCAUUGGCGGAUCGAUGAGUUCCAAAUUGGCUGCCAUUUCAAACGAACUUGAGAACGUUUGGGACGAGGACCCUGGAUCCAAAGUUUUGAUUUUCUCUCAAUUUCUUGGCUUUUUGGAUAUGAUGGAGCAUGAAUUUGGUAAUCAAGGAAUCGCAACGUUUCGACUUGAUGGGUCACUCUCUUUGAAGGACAGAGUCAAGGUGAUUCAAGAGUUUGGCCAGUCCAAGAAAUCUUCUACCCCUACGAAUCGUACAGGAUCCGUUUUGUUGAUAUCCAUGAAGGCAGGGGGCGUUGGGCUAAACUUGGUAGCCGCAUCGUCCUGUUUCAUUGCCGAUCCAUGGUGGAAUGGUGCUGUUGAAGACCAAUGCAUCAAUCGGAUACACCGAAUCGGUCAGACGGCAGACAAAGUGCGGGUCCGCAAGUUUUACGUCGCCAAUACUGUCGAACAACGGAUUGUACAGCUGCAGGAAAAGAAGAAACGAAUUGCGAACCAAAUUAUGGCGGAAGGAAACUCGGGAACGACUGACCUUUCGGCAGGUCAGCCAUCAUUGGAAGACUUGAAACAAUUGUUCCAAAUGGGAUGA